AAUCAAAUCAUUUCUAGCUCUUAUUCUUCAAUUAAUUGAAUUACAAAGGCACCAUUCCAAAUCUGAAGGAACAAUGAUUUUAAUGUACUUGGAACAACUAUUGAUAAGAAGGUAGUAGGUAUAAUAUAAAAUAAUGCUGGAUAUUAAAUAUGAUAAAAAUAGAUUAAAAUGAAAUAGGAAGUUAAUCCAAUCGCAUAUCCUAAAAUUGAUGAAAAAAAUAUUAAACUAUUUUCUCCCGACAGCUUUUCAAAUUUUAGAAUGUAUUUUAUGAUCAAUCCUACAAUUAGAAUAUCGCCAAUUCCUAAAAUUGAACAUUGUUAAUAAGGGGAAUUACAAUUUUUUAUUAAUGAUGGACUUAAGAGUUUUAUAGGUAAUUCAAUUGUGGUUGUGAUGUUCUAUAUAACAGAUUAACCAAAAAUGGUUGGGCUAACAAAUAUCCAAAACAUGUCAUAGAGCAAAGCUAAAAGCAUAAAGAUAGUCCCUGUUUUUAAAGAAUCAAACUCUAAAAUCUAAUUUAUUAUGAAUUUUACUCGAAAACUAAAAAAUAUUAUAGAAACUGCCAAGAUGUUAUUUAGAAUCCAGGUUUUUGUAUGAUGAUAUAAUGUAAUAAGGGUUCCACUCAUUAUUGUUGAGAACAAUAUUUUAAUAUUGUUAGAAUAGGAGUACUCGCUUUACAUGUCCAACAAUAUUGUUUCUAAUGAAAUAAAAGCUGUAAACAUCAUGAUAAUAUAAGUGAAACUGGAAGCAAAAGUUUAAAACUUAUAUAGUGA